UGCAACCACGAUCGACCCACCAAUACUGGGACUAGUUGCAGUGAUAUACUCGCCAAGUAACUGUUUAGUACAGAAGGCACAUCUCAAACUGCCCGCGUUUCGCGCUGAAUGACAACUGAAACAGCUGUUUUCGUUUUUUCAUCGCUUGUGAAAAAGAGCUGAAACAAAAUGGUUGCCGGCGGCGCAUCUGAUACGGGGGGCGUUAAGCCCAUGACCAUCGCGGGCCGCAUGGUCCGCGAACGCGAGCGCCUCAUUGGCAUGACGCCCGAGGAGCGCGCCUGGCGCAAGCAAUGGAUCAAGGACCAGGAGCUGCCCCACGGGCCGCGCAAGGUGCCAGCUCUGGAGCUCGAGCUGAACAAUCCCAUCAGGCGUUUCUAUCGCGCGCCUUUGGAUAAGGUUUGCAGCGUUCUAACGCCGGCGCUGGGCUUCCAGCGCGCCUACACAGUACGCUACUGGACCGGCAAGGCGCUGAUCGCGCUGACGGGCAUUUACGCCGCCGCCUACUAUUUAAAAUAUAAUCAGAAUGAUUGGACACGCAAGGGCGGCUGGCGUGUGAUAUCCUCGCGCAAGGCGUGCGUGCCCGGCGACGAGGGCUAUCCCCGUGUCUCGGAUCGCUCGGCGCCCGCCGACUACGCGGCGCGCGGCUUCCAGCAGUCCCCGAUCUAAGAACUGUGCCACACACUCCCGAGAUCCGCUGCCAGCGCUUUGCUUAAGUUUGAAACGUCUUUGAAUUAAUGUUAGCAAAAACCAAUUCGCAAUAAACAUGGAACACAAACACACACACACAAACGGGCUGUAAGUGUAUUAGCUGCAGAGCUUUGUCCAUGGCAAAUGGGCAACCAUUUUUUUUUGAUGCCCUUGCAGAGGGUACCUUGAUUUUCUCAUUAAAUAUGUAACGCAACAUU